AUGGACCAUAUCGCUUCCUUGAGUAAUGAAAUAACUUUGGCGUGUGGGAGUUUGGCGCUUCGAAUGAAUAAGAUGUCUUUAACUUUAGAGCUUGUUUCUCGUGUUCUUGAAAAGAACCCGAGUGACAAGGCAGCUUUAAUGUUAUUGGCAAAAACUCAUUUGUUGAAAAAUGAAUAUAGCGAUGUGAUAGGGUUACUGCAGGCGGUAGACAAGGAUCGGAAGUUGUGGGAAGUUUUUUCUUUGGCUUGUUAUAAGUUGAUUCGAUUUGAUUUAGCUGUAGAGGCUAUUGGUCACUGUGAAGAAGAGGAUGAUAAACAUGACGAGGAUAUCAAUCUUGGCGUGCGUCAUUUGGAGUGUAGAAUCUUGUUGUUGGCUGAUGCGAAGAAAUAUCCGUUGGAAGCCACUGUACAGAAGUUUGAAAGGACGCUAAAAUUGACGCAACGGUCCAAAAGGCCUUCGAUUCAUCUGGAGGCACUUUUCACUAGAGCCCAAUUGUUUGAAAAAAACAAUCAAUGGGGGAAAUGUUGUAACGAUUUACAGGACUCUAUCGAUAUUUUGCAAAGUCCAGAUGCAGUAAACCAUUUCCAUGUGAAAGAUUUUAUCUUCAAGGCGACUUUUGCCUAUAUCUAUAAGGUUUUUCUAUCAUGGAAAAUGCAUGCUAAUACACAACUGAUUGAUCAGUUGUUCCGUGACUCGAUGAAAUUUGCUCAUACUACCAGGACGCUGCAAUCAGUCAACUUGGCGCAAUUCAUAUACAAGAUGCUUAGCCACCAGGAAAUCGAUCUCCAAGGAUUUAUGAACGAGGUGGCUUCUUAUACAGAUGACCUCAGGCCUUUUGCGUGUUAUAUUGUUGCAAGAGCUUUAAUUGAGUCUGACUUGCAGGGAAACGAUGCAAAGGCUUUUGAGUAUUUACAGCUGUCAUUGACAUUGAAUAAAAACAAGCCUCACGUGUGGAUAUCAAUGGGAUCCAUGUUCUUAAGGAGCAAGAGGAUUCCUGAUGCUUUAUCGGCGUAUUCUAAGGCACUAGAAUUAGUUCAUUCAACCAAGGAAACUCACAAUUUUCUAUCGAAACACUUACUUCCCGGUCUUAAUGAAAAUGUCAAGUCCUUUGCUUAUUUCGGUACUGCCCAAGCUUAUAUGAUGUCAAAUGACAUUGAUAACGCAUCGGUGGCUUUGAGACAAUGUUUAAAUUCCUUAUCGGGCGACGAUAAAGAUGCAAUGGAAAAGAGUGGGCUGGAAGAUUUGAUCAAUGUCUUGAACAUAUCAAUGUCUGUCGACUUGGAAAAAUUAAAGGAAAGUUUGACUAUCCCAGAAAUUCCACUCUCAUUGUUCUUAAACCCGAUGUUCUAUCUUCAGGAGAGUCAAGUUUUCCAAAUCAAGGAAACAGUACUCGAAACUUCACGCACAACAUUGAAAUCAAUGCCACUCGCCAUACCUCCAACCACCACUGAGUCAACCCCAAAGAACAAUCCAAAUUUUAAGAAAAAAAUUAUGAAGAAACCACAUGAAACCGUUAAACCUUCAAAGCUUCGUAGAAGGAAACGGAACGAUAUCUUUAGAAGAGCCAACCUAUCAAUCUCCAAGAACAAACACAUUACUAAUCACCCCAAGAAGAAACAAUCGCAUCAUCCUGAAAACGACAAUCAUACUCCUAAUACUCCUGCAUCAAAUAAUCAUACCCAUAGCUACGACCAUCCCAUUUUGCAUAAUCGCGACUCAAGUAACCGCGUUAAUGAAACCAAUUCAAAUUCCAAUCAUCAAGAUUCUCAAAUCAAUAACAACACCACUGGCAUCGAGCAUAUCAAUAUUCAAUCAUUCCCAUCAAUCCCGUCAUCAACUAUUUAUGAUUCCAAUUUUAUUCCGCAGUAUGGUUCUCUCUACGUCAAUAAUGAACAGAGUCACCUCACUCGCGCUGCACCAUUCAAUCACACAAACAUUACUGCAUCAAACACACCUAGCAUUUAUCCACAUCCAGCACAAGUGAUUCAUUAUUUUCAACCUGUUGAUUUUCCUGCAUCUCCAUCAUUUUAUUAUCCGCAACCAUCUCUUGAAGAGGCUUACAGAAAUAACUCAAACGGCAUGGACUCUCAUUCACCACCCCAAACUUAUGGCCGUCCCGUAAUGAUGCCACAAUAUUCAAAUUCAUUCUACCCCUCGGAUCAGCCGAGAUUCUCGGCAAGCUUACCAACCCGAACUGCACCCUUCAUGACCCAACAACCACUACAACAGCAACGCCCAUUUCUGCCAGCUGAUAAUUCUAAUUGCGAUUCUACUUCUGGUGAUUCGUCGCAAAUCGCUAGCUUUAUAAAUUAG